AGAGCUUCACAGCCGUCGGUCAUUGGCUGAUACAAGUCACGUGUGUUGUGUCAAGAUGGCGUCUCCAAAUGGAGGUGAAGACUUUGAGUCCUCUUUGCUAAGUUUUGAAAAACUUGACCGGGCAUCACCUGACCUGUGGCCAGAGCAGUUACCCGGUGUCUCCGAAUUUGCUGCAUCUUUCAAAAAUCCUAUUACAAAUUCUCCGCCCAAGUGGAUGGCUGAACUGGAGUCGGAAGAUAUAGAAAUGUUAAAAGAAUUAGGAAGUUUGACGACAGCAAAUCUAAUGGAGAAGGUGAAGGGUCUGCAGAAUCUGGCAUAUCAGUUGGGCUUGGAGGAGUCCAGAGAAAUGACAAGAGGGAAGUUCCUGAACAUCUUGGAGAGACCUAAAAAGUGAGGAUCCACACAGUGACCUGUUGACUUAGAGCUGCCAGCUGACUGUGAUAUUGUAAGGCAGAAUAUCAUAAAAUAUUUUCACUAAGAUUAGACUGAUUUUGGGUCAAAACAUUACCACAGCAAACGGCAUAAUGUUUGUAUAUAUAUUAGCAAAACUUUUUUUCUUAAUAAUUUAGUCAUCUAGAGUGGCCUAGUUGUGUCCUUUUCCCUGAAUGUUCAUAAUAUAUUUAUCUUUCUCUGUCCAGUGUUUAAUACAGUUUAUUAAAAUUUUAAUUGUUUAAUAAAUUUCUGUGUUGUUUAAAUGAC